CCUGCCCCACUUCUCGGCGCGCCCCAGCAUAGAUUCGGGCCAUCGGCGGCUUCGAUGGAAAGAAGCUCGCGACGAGGGAGCGGCGCUCGAGAUGCAGCUCGGGCCACGCGCGCUGCCUCGGGCACCGGACAGCGCCGGACGAGCGUGCCUCGUCUCCGUCUUGCUCCCAGCAGGCGCAGCCUCGAGAUGUCAGCGUGCAGGAAGCUCGAGGAGCGCGCAGCCGGCGCCGGCCUGGUGCUGGGGCGAAGUGGAGGUGCGCUGCGCUGGCGAUGCACGUGACACUGCCGCGCUGUGGCUCCAUGCCGACGGGGCCGCUGCCUCGAGCACCCUCCUUCCACUCCAUCACACCAGCGCGCUCAGGCCACUUUCUCAUGGCGUCGUCUUUCCGCACUCUGCUGCCCACCGCACGCAGCGCAGCGCGCCUGCAGCCACGUGCGGCGCCUCUGCGCACGCUCAGCACGGCGCCGCAUCUGCAAGGCUCGAGCCACGCCAGCACCUCGCGGCAUCAACUGUCUUCGACGGUGCCGCAUCAGUCGCUCCGACGCACUCGGCAGCACGCAGCGAACUUCUCUUCCUCUUCACGCGCUUUCGCAGCCGCAUCCGAGACGCAGAAGGCCUGCCCGACGUGCCACGCCGCCAACCCGCCCGAGGCACUCGUGUGCCAAGACGCAAAGUGCGGUGCACUGCAAGUCGUGCCGCCCGGAGUGUCGCCUUGGCAACUGCUGGGCGUCGAGCGCGGCGCAGCACAUGGCUGGCAAGUAGACUUGCCGGCGCUCAAACAGGCAUGGCGGAAAUGCAUGGGCGCAGCGCAUCCGGAUCGAGCUAGGAAUGGCGGAGAGCACCAGAUACGCCUAGCUGAAGCGCAAUCCUCGGCGCUCAACAAGGCCUACGAGACUCUGCGCUCGCCAUUGCUACGCGCACACUGGCUGCUCGAAGAUCUCGGCGCCGACGUGCCGGCAGAAGACGAGGGCGUAGAUGAUGCAGAGCUGCUGAUGGAGGUGAUGGAGCUGCGCGAGGCGCUGGACGAGGCCAGUUCGUCAGAGGCGGUGGACGAGGUUCGCGAGCAGAACGAGGCGCACAUCGAGCGGACGAUCCAGCAGCUGGGCGAGGCCUUUGCGGCGGAGCCGGUAGACAUACAGGCGGCGCGAGAGGGCAGUGUGCGCCUGCGCUACUGGCUCAACAUCGAGAAGGCGGCGAAGGAGCGGCUGGACUGAGAGCACAGCAGCAUGCCGA